AUGUUAUCGAGAAGUCGGGUUGAAGAUGAAGAAUCCGAUAGAGAGCAGAGUGGUUAUUCGAACGCUACAAUAAAAGUUGGUCUAAAUCACCAAGCUGUAAUUCCGCCAAUGGAAUGUAAGAGUUCCAGGGAUUCUCAGACUGAAGUUCUCUACUGGAAACCCCUUCCAAUUUCUGAGAAUGAGAAAAUCGACACUUAUGUUAAUCACGCUUCGGAAACUUUUGGUUACUCCGAGGAGCAGGCUCUUGCAUUAUUGACAUGGAAAAAGUUUGACUUCAAUUCCGCUACUGAGGAUCUAGAAAAUUUCACGCCAAUACGUCUAGAGUGGAGUUCAAAUGAGCGCCGUAUCUUCUUUGCUGCCAUGGAAUUCUAUUGCAAAAAUUUUCACAAGGUCAAGGCUUUGUUUCCACACCGUCCAGUCACUGAACUUGUUCUCUUUUACUAUCUCAACAAACGCAAUCAGCGGACUCUCUAUGAGUUAACCCUUUUUGCUCCACAGUUUUCCGAAUUGCAUAAUAGUGGAUUUAUUAAUUGUUCUGCGCGUAUACAAGACAUUGAAGAUGUAAUAUCCCUCUCUUCCCUUAUUCAACCUAAAGAAAAAUCGGCUCUCUUUGACCCUAACGACCCAGUUGAAUGUGCAAUAGCCAAAUACUUGAAUGCAGUAAAAGAAGGAGGUGAGAUCAGCACCACCACAACUUCCAGUGAAAGUGGUGAAAGUGUGGCCAAAAACAGUGGAAAUUCUCAGCCAGAUGUCCCCACAUCACGCCUUCGGUCUCGUACGAAUCGGCCUUCUGCUACCGGUGAUAAUAACGAUGAUGAUGAGCUCGGACCCCCGUCUCCCAGUAAUUCAGACAGCGAUGCUGUCCGCAUUGAUUAUUUAGGCAGACUUGUGUAUAAAAAUGGCACUCCGGCUGGAACCACUGUUCGCACUCUUACUGCCAAGAAACAGGCUCGUGUAGAGGCUGAUUUGGCAGCGAUGGCAAAAGCAGCAAGGAAGGAGGUAAAACCAUCGACUUUAGAAGGUGGAGAAGAUUCGAACAAACGGGGAGGAAAACGGGGUUUCAAUCCUCGAACGGGAAUCGCUGAAACUCCAGCUCAAAUUUCUGCUAAUAAAGGAAGUCGUAAAAAGCUCCAACUUCUUCCUCAUUCAGAUCUCCUUUCCCCCAGCAAGAAAAAACGUAUCGCAGUCUGCGUUCUAACCCCAGCAGAUGCCACUCCCAUGUUUGAAUCUAUUAAUGAUGCCCAUUCUCACCAACAAGGUGAAUUGGCAGCUAGUAUAGAGUCGGCUGAGUCGACUCAAGAUGACUUGGCUACACUAGUUUCAAUGUCUUCUCCUCUUGAAGCAGAGAUAGAUUUGUUUGGUGGAGACGAUGCCCCUACUGAAUCGUAUCUCAAUGACUUAGAAGCGGAAGUGACUGAAAAUAUGGAAAAUAUGCGCCCUCCUACAAUCCCGAUGAAUCCAAAAUGGACUGAUGAUGAGCUGGCGCUGGUAAUAGAAAUAAUUUCCGAAGUGGGUGAAGACUAUGAGGUGAUAGCUGAAAGAAUGAUUAAUAAAACGCCGAGUAUGGUGGCUUGGUUGUUUAAAACAAAGGGACAUCAUCUGCGGCUCUAUGAAAUUGCUGCCAUGGCGGAAGAUACGAAGCAGCAACAAGCAGUGUCAGCGGUGGAGGAGAUGCAACUUGAACUUGAUGAAGAUGAGGAGGAGAUUGCUAUAAUGGCUUAA